AUGUCAUCCACGGGUAACAAAGUGCUCUCCGUUCAGGUUCUUCGUAGAGCAGAUGCCUCUCGAAAAGAAGUGAAGGUGGUAGUUGACGGGCGACAACUUCGGCACUAUAGGAGAGUCCAACGGGGAUCGGCGGAUACGGAAAGGCAGUAUAGCGUUGAAGAAAUACAUCAAGAUGACAUUGAGCGUGGUGUUCUCGUUGAAAUGGACUCAAUUCCUGAAGAUCUCACAGUCUCUGUGGAUGCACGGUUGGCUUCCAUGAGCGAGCCACGGCGCUAUACAUGGAUGAGUGGUACUGAAACA